AUGCUCGCGCCACGGCGGAGUAAGAAUGCCAAGGCAAAUAUGCGUGGGAGGGCGGAUGCAGGCCGAGCCAGGCCAGGCUCGCACGAGUGUGUUUGUAGCGAGUUGGCAAGGAGUCGCAAGAGUCGAGACCGAAGAAAUGUCAAUGAUAAGAAGCAUGCUGGGCGAGGUGUGUUUGUUGCUCGCGAUUGGGCGCCUGGGUGGGCGGCGCAUGUGUGGUGUCACCAUGCGGGUGCAGCGAAACCGUGCGGCGAGGCUGGGACCUCGAUGUUGAGGCGCCUUGGGGCAGGUGAGGUGAGAGCGGAGGGGAGCAGGUUUGCCAGGAUCCGGGCAGGCAGCGAAGCUGCAGACCGCUGCAUCGGGGCACACCACGAGGGAUGGGUUGCUCUUCUCCUCCGCACCCCCUCUCAUAUCGAUUGUUUGGUUGGAAGCAAGACACGGGAGAGCUCAUGGCGGGAGCCACGAGGCUCUCCCGGCCGAGGGCGCCGGAGCCCGUCUAACCCCUGGUGGGCAGAGCAGGAAGCGGGCGCUGCGGCGGCGGGCCGGGGCAGGGCGGGAGCUGCGAGGGGCGCUGGGCGGGCAUCUUGGUGGUUGGUGGUAGGAGCCUUGGGAAAACCAAAGGCUGUUGCUGUUGCUGUUGCUGUUGGGCGAGGAUCUCCGUCGUGGUGGCAGAGAUGCGGCUAUGGUGGCGGCUGUGGGUGGUGGUUGGAGGUCGUUGAUGUCGAGGCAGGCUCAGGUACCUUUUGGAGCGCUGGAGCAGACAUCCCUGCAAAACCUGAAGGCAUCAAAACACCCCUGCCCGUCCUCCUCUCCAGGGCACGUCCACGCGGACAAGGGCAAGCCAGCAUGACCACAAGGGGUGUCGCACCCCCUCAGGAACCCACCCUUCACCCCCCCUCCCCACACACCACCAUCCUGCCGCUACCCUGCACUUGCGGUGCGGUGACGCAGCCUGGGCUUGGGUCUUGGGCUUAG